AUGCCUCCCAAUCGACUCGUCCGGCCGGCAGCGGCUCUGCUGUCCGCGGGGACAAGAAAAGUCCGGCCCGCUACUUGCGGCCGGCUCUACGAAGCUGCGCGACAUGCGCAUACGAGUUCACAGGCGUUGGGUAUAUCAGCAAGGUCAAGACCGGUACUACAAACAGCCUCGAGGUUACCAGCGAUAGCGCCGCGGGGCGUGCGAAGUAUUUUCAUCCAGACCGAGACCACGCCGAACCCGGAUGCGCUGAAGUUUUUACCGAAUCACAGGGUGGUGCCGUCGGAAGUCCCCACGCCUUUUAUCGAAUACCUAAAUGCGCGGAGUACGAUCGCACCCCCAUACCCAUCGCCGCUUGCUGCGCAGUUAAUGAAUAUCGACGGCGUGACGUCCGUCUUCUACGGGCCCGACUUCAUCACAGUGACGAAGUCGCCCGAUGCCAACUGGGUACACAUCCGGCCGGAUAUUUUCAGCUUGAUCACCGAGGCUAUAACGUCGGGGCAGGAAAUAGUCACUGUGAGCAACAAAGAGGGUGGAGAUGAGGGCCAGGAGGUGGGAGAGGAGGACAGUUUGAGCUAUAAUGAAAAUGAUAGCGAAGUCGUGGGUAUGAUCAAAGAGCUCCUUGAAACUCGAAUAAGACCCUCGAUCCAGGAAGAUGGCGGAGACAUCGAGUUCCGUGGUUUUGAGAAUGGGUAUGUGAACUUGAAGCUCAGGGGAGCGUGCAGGACUUGCGAUUCGAGUACUGUCACUUUAAAGAAUGGAAUUGAGGGAAUGUUAAUGCAUUAUAUCGAGGAGGUCAAAGGUGUACAUCAAGUAAUGGACCAAGAGGAAGAGAUCGCGAUUCAGGAAUUUGCAAAGUUCGAAGAGAAGCUUCGAGCACAAAAGGGGCCAGAUGCAGCGCCGACUACACCUGGCAAGGACUCACUGGACUCGGUCCCUGGAUAA